CUGCUGCUUGCAACACAGUCCAGGACUCCUCGAAAAUUGCCGUGAUUUUCAGAGCUUUUGCAUAGUUUCGCGACCGAGAUUGAUUGCAGAAUUGGUCGAGUAGAUGGGGAUGUUUUCCUGCGGAUAACCGGGAUUUCAAUAGACUCAGCUCGCAGAAUUUUGGCCUAGUGUGGCGUGUCGUAGGGACGGCGUGUUGAUCGCAAUGCAAUAGCAGGGUUGAAGCAAAAAAAAUUCCAAUGACCAAGGCUGUUGUGGCUGGGAUGGCCAGGAGGCUGAGAGCCUUGGCCUUCCGAGACUCCUACUUUGUGCAUGAGCACACUGCCGCUGUGGCGGAGAAUGAAAUGUUGGUUCAAAGGUUUGGAACAGCACACAGGAUCGACAUUUCUUCGUGUUCUUCACCGUCGGUGUGUUCAAGGGGGUUCUAUGGCAUUUACCAAGGUAUCGCUUGUGUUCCUGCGGAGUAUACUGGAAGUGUUGGGACGCUGUGCUGGAGAAUUGGAAGUGAGUUGCGGAAUUCGAAGCAGGAGGGUUUAGCAGGGUUUAUGGGAACCGUGGUUGCGCGAUCGUUUGCUACUCGCGACACUCAGAUGAGAAGGCUAGCGAAGCAGCCUGUUAAGAGAGACGGUGCAGGGCAGCGAUCGGGCGGGCGUUCCGUCAGGGGCAGGGCUGUGGGUGGAGAAUCAGGAGGCAGGCAUCGUGGCAAUUUUCAGAAAAGAGAGGGCGCUGCAUUGAAUUCGGGCAGUGAUGCGGCAGGUUCUAGAAAGCGGUGGGGUGCGAAACGAAGUUCAGAGCGUUUUGACACACUUGAUGAAAUCCGAAUCCCUGUAAAAUUGGGACGGAUAUCAGAUAGUAAUGUGAUGAAGUCAAGUACCUUUCAGGGUUUUCAAUUAAGAAGGCGCGGGCUUGAAGAAACUGAGGCUGAAGAUACUCCCUCUGCGAGGAAAAGGCGAGUGAUGCGCUUGCAUCCAUCUGAUCAGACUAAUAAACGCAUCGUGGAUGAUUUUCCUACUUUUGAUCUACGUGCUGAAGUCGUAAAACCGAAGUCAGCAGAGAAAUGUGGUGAAGAAAUUGUCGACGGUGCGAGUUCUUCACAGAAUGCCCAAUUCAGAGCCAUCCAGCCGUUGCCUGAGAUCUUGCGCCACAUUGAUACUCAUUUGUUAGGACGACGACGUCUUUGGGAGUGGAGAAAUGGAGGAUAUCAUAUCAAAUUGAAGGCUCCAUUGGAUGAUAUUCCUCAUGGUAGCAAAGAAGGACGACUUCCCAUCCAGGAGACUGUAUUCAAGCGCAAGCUUACUUUUGCUGCAGCUGCAAAAGUCUCCCGUUCUCUUCCUUCAUUAAAUCUACCUGAAAUAGCCUUUGCAGGCAGGUCAAAUGUUGGAAAGUCGUCGUUGAUCAAUGCACUUACAAGACAAUGGGGUGUUGUUCGAACGUCUGAUAAGCCUGGGAUGACCCAGUCGGUCAAUUUCUUCACACUAGGAUCUCGACUCUGUCUGGUUGAUCUACCAGGAUAUGGUUUUGCUUAUGCAAAAGAAGAGGCAAAGGAGGCCUGGGAAGAUCUUGUGAAGGAGUAUGUUACAACAAGGAAAAUUCUGAAGCGGGUAUGCUUGUUGGUCGACUCCAAGUGGGGGUUGAAGCCACGAGACGAAGAACUUAUCGAAUUAAUGGAAAAUGCCCAAACAAAAUAUCAAAUAGUGCUUACUAAGACGGAUAUUCUCCCUCCAUUAGACCUGGCUCGUCGGGCCACCCAAAUUCAAGAGGCUCUCAAGCAUCAUAAGCAACUCAUCUUACCAGUGUUAAUGGUGAGCUCACAAACUGGUGGUGGCAUUCCGCACCUUAGAAAAGCCCUGGUUAAUUUAGCUCUAUCCGGGACCAACCAGCAAUGAAGUAGCGCCUUGAUAAAAGGCAAAUCAUGUUUGAGUUGGGCGAUGGCCACAUUCAAAUGAUAUAUGGAUCUGCCCUUACGUGCUGGGCGGUGCAGGUGGUCAAUGUGAUAAUAUAUAAUAGGUUUUUCGCCUUGUAGUGGUACUCCUGAUUGUUCACAGUGCUGAAGCUGAACAGGAUUAUUGAGUUGUCAUGCUUCUUGACUACAAUGGCGAUGUUCUCGUUGAACUGGUUUAAUGCACAUCACAAGGACCACUUACUCUCUGGCUCAUUUUAUGAACUUUUUUGGAACAUGAUGCGGAUUUCAUUACCUUAA